AUGAAGGUCACCUUUGCUGCCACCAGUGCUCUCCUCCUCAGCGGUUUCGCCACUGCAGCGCCCUUCACAGAGCGACGUCGCCAGGCUAUGGAACGUCGUCUUUCAAACAGAAGGUCGGCCGAUCAAAGCAGGACUGGUCAACCACUCGCUGUGAACUACACCACUUUGGACGACAGAAUAAAGAUCGAGAAGAGCAAGAAUGCUCAGUACUCCUCGAACUGGGCGGGAGCCGUGGAGAUCAGCACAAGUAUAACUCAAGUCGAGGGCACCGCCAACUUUCCGGAGGUGUCAGUACCUACAGGUGGAAAUAGCAACACUGAAUACGGCGGAUCUGCUUGGGUUGGUAUCGAUGGCGAUACGUGCUCUACCUCAAUCCUUCAAACUGGUGUCGACUGGGUGAUUCAAGGUGGACAAGCUCAAUACGCCGCUUGGUAUGAAUGGCUGCCAGAAUACUCCUACAACUUCGACAUCACGGUCAACCCAGGCGACGAAAUCUUCAUGAAAGUCGUCGCCAACUCGAAGACCAGUGGCACCGCAUACAUCACCAACAACUCAACCGGCGAAUCCGUCUCCCACACCUUCAGCGGCGAGACGGCGCUCUGCGAAGAGAACGCCGAAUGGAUCGUGGAAGACUUCGAGACGGUUGACAGCUCCGGCAACGCCGAGCUCAUCCCCUUUGCGAAGUUCAGCACCGUGACGUUCGAGGGCGCGUCGUAUGUCCAUGGAGGCACGACGUCGGGGAUCUCGGGGGCGAGUAUUAUGGAUAUUCAGCAGGAUGGAAAGGUUCUUACGAGUUGUUCGACGUCUGGGGAGGAUGAGGUCGUUUCAUGA